GUCAGCGAACUCGGUGAUUCGCAUUCUUUCUUGAUUUCGUUUCAUCAAGAGUUUUAUUGUUUCGGACAAAGAUAUUAUCUUAUCUUUUUUUAUUGUAAUGUCAAUUUGGUUGGAAAUUAAUCGGCGAGAUACAUAAAAGAGAUAGUGUAUUUGUAAAUAGCAAUGUAUUUUAUCGAAUCGUCAAUUCUUAUCAAUAACUGAUUGAAUUAAUUUUCGAUUGAAAUUAAUUGUACCUCUCAAAUGUGAUUUGGCUCGCAAUGGAGGAUUAUAAAUUUCUCUUUAAAGUAGUAUUAGUGGGAAAUGCGGGCGUGGGCAAGACUUGUUUGGUAAGGCGUUUCACUCAAGGACUUUUUCCACCCGGACAAGGCGCUACAAUAGGUGUAGAUUUUAUGAUCAAAACUGUAGAAGUCGACGGUGAGAAAGUGAAGUUGCAAAUAUGGGAUACAGCAGGACAAGAGAGGUUCCGUUCAAUUACACAGAGCUAUUAUAGAUCUGCACAUGCCCUGAUUUUGGUUUAUGACAUAUCUUGCCAACCAACUUUUGACUGCUUACCAGACUGGCUAAGAGAGAUUGAAGAGUAUGCAAAUAAUAAAGUUCUUAGGAUAUUAGUGGGUAACAAAACUGAUAGAGAAGACAGGGAAAUUCCAAGACAUAUUGGUGAAGAUUUUGCCCAGAGACAUGGAAUGUAUUUUCUUGAAACUUCAGCAAAAGAAGCAGAGAAUGUUGAGAGGCUGUUUAUGGAGAUAGCUGUAGAGCUCAUGGAGCAAGCAAAAUGUAAGGAGCUUCCGAAAUAUGAUGGCAGUUUAGGACCCAUCAACGGAAAAACCACAUCAGUUGGUGAUAGCUCCUGUUGUCUUCGAUCAUAAAUAAUAACGAAUUUAUCUAAUUGGGAUUACUAGAGGUAUGAACUGGUAUUUUUAUAGAGGAUCAUUUGUUUUACAAUUUUAUUAUAUUGGUUAUAAUUAUGUAUCUGUUCAAUUAAAAUACAGGGACGGAGAGAUGUAGAAUAAGUAUUCUUAAAAGUUGUUUAUUUCAUAAAUCUCUAUAUUUUAGGUGUUGACAUUGUCUGUUGUUUUAUUUUAAUUUAACUAUUCUAUUUAUUCUAUCUGAAGUAGGAGGUAAUUAUUUUUGUUAUCUAAUCAGAUAAAUGGAUAUAAUUUUCCAACUAGCAAAAUAAAAUUGAUUUAUUAUUUCUGUUAUAGGUCUACCAAUAUUGGUAAAUCUGCUUGAUCUAUAGAUAAAUGAUCUGU